UGUUUGCUUUGUCUCUCUCCUCCUGUCUUGUGAACUAGGCAAGGUGGGGGGAGGAGGGCAGCAGGAGGAGUAGUGGGCUCCUUCCUUAGCCAGAGGAUCGCCCCAGGAGUUCAUUGCAGGCUGCAGUGAGCUGCGAUUGCCCCACUGCGCUCCAGCCUGGGCAACAGUGUGAGACCCUGUCUCCAAAAAAAAAAGAAGACAGUUUUGACAGGCACACACUUCAGCUGGAAUUUCACCCCGUGUCUGCUUUUCCUUGGGUUUUUUCCAUUCUUGAUUUUUCCAUUUAUGGUGAUUUUAUCUACAACGUCUUUUCUAAAUAAAUGCAUCGAGGCAGUGAGGAAGGGGGAAGGGGGAAAGUGAGCCGAUUCCGUUUUUUCAAAGAAAAAUCCAGCAGGCGGGACUGUUACCAGGCGGAAUGCAAGAGACGCUUUUCUUUAUUGGCCAGAGCACGGAGAGGGGUGGGGAUUUGUCCACAGUCACACAGCCAGGCGCGGCAGAGCCGGGAGGGUCCUCGCCCCCACUCCGCAUUCGGGGGCCCUGGGAUCGGGCAGGGGGCCGCUGGGGGCUCCUCAAGAUGCUGCCACAGGAGGGGAGGCGGUUCCCGGGCAAGUAAAACCCACAGACCCCACUUUCACCUUCUCCAGGGACAGCUGCCACCACGUUCUGUGCCCUCCCUACGGUGGGCCAGCUCUGCCCCUCUGCCCAUCUCACAGGGCUCCUCACUGCCCCUACCCCAGCCUGGCCUCUGAGGCUGUCAGCCCUGGUGCUGUUGACUUUCAGAUCCCACCUCCUGGUCUCCGUCCGGGCUGUUCCCUCCGCCCGGGAUGCUGUUCCUGGCUACAUCCUGUCCUCUGAGGGCGGGCAGGGGAGGGGGCGGCCGCAGUUGGUGGGGAAGUGUUGCCGAAAUGCCCCCGCCCCACCCCGGGCUGCGGUCUGACGGUUGGCCGGACGUUUUCCUGUCAGCUGCAGGCGCUAGGUCAGACCCCUCCUGCGAGGCCAGGGGCUGUGGCCAUUGGGAGUUCGUCCCCCAGGACCCCUCCUCCCCCAGAGGGCACGCCAGUCUUGAAGCACUCCCGGACCCCUCCCAUGUCGCCCUGUGCGUGCGCCACCCCACCACGCCCCGUCUGACCUUCCCCCAGCAACAUGAGCAGCCCGGAGACUCCCACAGAGCCCCCCGAGCCCGACGACCCCACCUGGUCGACUCAGCCCACGUAUAGCAACCUCGGUGAGAUCCGUGCCCACCUGCUGCCCUCCAAGGCCUGCCGCCCCCGGACCCCUGGGUCCCGCUCCACCGACCCACAGCCCCUGCCCCCACCCCUGCCCAAGAAAAUCCUAACCCGGACCCAGUCACUGCCCAACCGCAGGACCCCCCAUGCCAGCUCCAUCCAAGUACAGCUGCCUCGGAGGCCCUUUCUGGGGUCCCACAGUGUGGACAAGAGCCAGGCUGAGGUGGGACCAGCUUGUCCCCCUGCAGAGCUGACCUUUGGCCUGACUGAUGCCCCGCUGGGCCUCUCUCUCUGCAAUCUGCACAGUCCAGAGGCUGUGCACGCUGCAUUGGCUGCCCGGCAGCUGCAGGGCCUCCAUGCCAUCUAUGCCCGGCUCCGUGCCCGGUUCAUGGGGGGCCACCCCGGGCCCUGCCGCCCUGGCCACGGCUUCCGCCUCCUGGACAGCUCGCCCUGCGCAGAGAGCGGGGAUGCCCUGUACUACCGCGUGGUGCGCGUGCAUGACGACGCCUGGCACAUCCUGGUCGCCAAGGUACCCAAGCCCGGGGCGGACGUGCCCCACCCAUGGGGCCUGGAGCUGCAGGCCUCCCUGUCUCCACACUUCAAUCUGCAGGGGUUGUGUGGCGUGGUGCCUGAAGGCACACUGCCCGGGGCGCCCUGGAGAGGCGCGGUGGCGCUGGCAGCGGAGGUGCCGGAGCGCACGGUGGCGCAGUGGCUGGUGGAGGCCUGCACGCAGCCGCCGGAGGAGUUCGUGUGGGCCGUGGCCCUGGUGCUGCUGCAGCUGAGCGCGGCCCUGGAGUUCCUGGAGGCGUGGGGCGCGGCCCUGGUCGAGUUGAGGCCAGAGAACUUGUUGCUGGCGGCACCUCGGGGCUGUGCGGCGACUGGGCACCCGCGCCUACUCCUCGCUGACUUUGGCCGCGUCUGUCCGCAGCCCCCCGGACCCCCGGGCUCCCCGGGCCCCCACGCGCCGCAGCUGGGCAGCCUCCUCCGCGAGAUGCUCGGCCUUGCUGCGCCCUCGACCACGCCUUUGACCGCGGGCCUGGAGCGCCUGGCAGCACAGUUGACCCGCUUGCAGCCCUCGGCGUCCCGGACGCGGGGUGCGCUGCAGGCGCUGCUCUGGGGGCCGGGGCCUGAGGUGCGCGGCCGCGGAGCACCGCUCGCUCCCUGGCUCAGGGCGCUCGGGCCCUGGCUGCGGUUGCGCCGCGGGCUGCUGGUCCUGCGCCUGGCAGAGCGGGCCGCAGGUGGGGAAGCGCCCAGCCUCGAGGACUGGCUGUGUUGCGAAUACCUGGCCGAGGCCACCGAGUCCUCUAUGGGCCAGGCCCUGGCGCUGCUGUGGGACUGAACCCAACCCAGGGCGAACACACCUGGUCCAUGCCUGCCCAGGAGGCAGGGCUGGGGCUGAGGUCAGCGUCUCUAUGAUCGCCAAGACAACCUCUUCCUGCAGAGUCCAGGGACGCAGCAGAAAGAGCAGCGCCCCCCUCCAGAGUCUCCCCUCUCGUGCUGGCGAUGUGGGUCAAGGGCUUCCCAGGAGUGCAGCUACCCCUGCAGGGCUGGGGGCUGGCCAGCCCCUCCUGUGUGGGCAGCAGCUCUCUGAAGCCAGGGCCCCCAGGCCACCUCCAGGUGUGGACACCCCCGCUGAUCAGUGUCUCUCUGUGUUCCACCUUCCCCAGCAGCCAGGGCGCUUUUCCGCGGUGGGUCCUGUCAUUGUCUCCCUGAGAGGCCAAUGCCGGGACCAGAGCAUUCCUGGCCCUGGAGCACCCCCUUGUGCUGAAGACGGCCAGCGAUUUUGGGCAUGUCCCUAGUGGAGAAUUGCUUGGUGGUGACACAGGAAGGGAAGGCUCCCUGGGACCUUAGACACCCAGCUCAUCUCAGAGGCGUCUGGACUCACCAUCCCUAAAACAGUCCCCGCGGUUCCCUGCCACCUCCCCACAAUCCCUCUGCACCCAUCCUGCCUCCCUUCCUGUUCCUCCAUGACACACUAACUUGUUUCCCACCCCCAAGCAUCUGUGCAGGCUGUUCCCUCUGCCAUACUGUUCCAGUUCCACUUGAUCUAAACAAAUUAAGGUGCCCCCUCUGGGCCCUCGCUAGCUCCUUACCCUUCGUUCUCCGCCCACUCCCAGGAGCAUUUAUUCCUCUGUUACUGUCCCCAAGGCUGUGAGUUCCCUGGGGGCAAAGGCCAGGCUUGGCACACGGUAGGUGCUCACUUAAUACUGCAGGAUGAUGGAAUAAACAGGCACAGAGGAGACUCACUGGAGGGGAAUGCAGUCUUUAUGCCUCUGACACACCACACUGUACUUGCCUGUGGCCUCCUUCCUGGAGACUCACAGUUGCCCUUCCAUUCCAUUCCCCAUGGCAGUCCUGGGAGGAUCUUUCCAACCCCAGAUAUGAGGUCCCUCUCCAGCUCAAACACCUCCCAUGGCUCCCCAGUGCCUCAGAAUACAUACAGGUCUCUUCCAAAGUCUCCUCAGUCUCCAACCUCAUGUCAUUUAUCCCUGGAGGUACUUUCCGGCCUCUACGCCUUUGCCCAAGUUGUUUUUUACGCCGGAAACAGCCCCCUCUACUCUGGUUCAGACUCCUAUUCAUCCUGCAACGCCUCAGCUCUAACGCCCCUUCUCUGCACUUGCACUGCCCAAAUGAGCUGGGAGUGUCUGUGUUCACAUCUAUCCUCCCAGCCGACCCCACCAUGCUCAAACGGCUGAAUAUCCCCCUGCCCCCGCUCGCCAAGGCUACAAUCUCUUCCAGCGCCUUUCCUCCUCUUUCCAACCGGUUUCCCGGCCAGGCCUGGCCCUGACUUUUUCCGGGUGAUGCUCCCGGAUGCGGCCGGCAGGUGGCGCAGCGCCGCGCAAACGGCGGGGGUCGCAGACCCGGAAGCGCUCCAGGCCUUGACGCCGCCGGAAGUGCUCCUGCCCUGAACGGCGCUGCAAGUCCACGGGGGCGGCCAGUAACACGGUGACCCAAAGGAGUCGGGAACAGACAUGCCCAUGCGCAGGCCCAGGCUGGGGCGGAAGGGCACGCGAUGCAGGAAGGGGCUCCAAGCGAACAGUGGCAAGGCUGACGCCAAGCUCAGGGCCCAGGCCUGCCAGCCCAGGGGGUCUCCUCCGUGGGAGGGGUCCUGCAGCUGCCCUGGUGACAAGUCCCCCUGCGACCCCUCUACCCAGGGCCCUCUGUGGUCCCAGGCACUCCUCCCACCAGCCCCCGGCGUCACCACCACGGAGCCAUGUGCAUCGGGUGUAAUCACUUUAUUGGUUUUCGGAGAGCAAUAGAGGGGAUUAAUACCUAAUCUUUCCAAGUUAAAAGACUAAGACUGUUUCCAAAAGACUCCAAAUAAGAAACUUCUCCUCAAAGUACAAGGAUAAUCUGAAUCAUCUUAAACCAGCAAUAAAAAAGUAAAAUAUAAA